UUCCGCUGCCUGAGCCAAGGAGGUUACAGCCGUUGACAAGAGGUACGGGUUGGCGCUUGGGCAUGCGGAUCUCUCAGGUGCCCUGGCCGCUCGCAUGGGCAGUCCUGCAGCUGGGCUGGAGGCUGGGAUGGCUCCUAGAGCCCCCCGACAGGUCCUGCAGUCCCUCCUUUUCCCCAGCGCAGCUCUCAGUGCCCGAGGGUGCCAAUGCUACCUUCACCUGCAGUUUUUCCAACUCAUCAGAGCACUUUGUGCUGAAUUGGUACCGGCUGAGCCCCAGCAACCAGACCGACAAGCUGGCUGCCUUCCCUAGGGACAGCAGCUUGGAUCCACGCUUCCAGGUGGCCCCGCUGCCCGACGGGCGAAGCUUCCAGAUGAGUGUCCUCUCUGUGCAGAGAAAUGACAGCGGUGUCUACCUGUGUGGGGCCAUCUCGCUGCUGCCCAAGGCAGAGAUCAGGGAGAGCUGCCGGGCAGAGCUCACGGUGACAGAGAGAGUCCUGGAGCCCCCGACAGUGCACCCCAGUCCCUCACCCAGGCCGGCGGGCCAACUUCAAGGCCUGGUUGUUGGGGUCGUAAGUGUCCUAGUGGCCAUCCCGGUGCUGCUGCUGCUAGCCUGGGUCCUUGCUGCUGUGUUCUCCAAGACUGUUCCAGAGGCCGAAGGAGCUGGGAGCAAGGAGCAGCCCCUGAAGGAAGACCCUUCAGCAGUGCCCAUCUUCACCAUGGACUAUGGGGUACUGGACUUCCAAGGGCGAGAAAAGACCCCAGAGCCCCCUGCCUCCUCUGUGCACACAGAGUACGCCACCAUUGUCUUCCCCGAAGGGCUAGGUACCUUGUCUCCAGGCCGCAGGGGCUCAGCCAAUGACCCUCAGUGUCUCCGGCCUCCAAGGCAGCAGGAUGGACACUGCUCCUGGCCUCUCUGACUGGCUUUCUCAGACCUCCCCAUCCUGCAGGUCCUCUAUAGAGAGCCCAGUGAAGGGUGGUUAAGAGUAGGGCAUGUAGGAUGCUGGGCCAAGACAGCAUUGCCAUGGCAAAGCUUGGCCAUGACAGCCUGUGCCAGCCCCACGCAGGACACAUCUCCCAAUGCUCAUCACCAACUGGGGCAGCCACAUCCCUCUCCCUGGUGUGGAGGGUGGGCACAACCGUGGUGCCAGCCUGUUUGGAACAGAGCUGCUGGGCCCAUGCGCCUGAGUGCCACAGUUAUGCACGACCAAGGGCUUGGGCACUAUUCCUGUGAGCUCCAGGGACCCUGGAUGGAGACUAUCUGGGCACUGCUCAUAGCAAGGAAUUCCCAGCAUAAGUUGAGCGCAAUGCCAGGGAGUGCCCACAAGGUGACCUUGCUGGGGCAAGGUCUCAUGGGUCAGACCCAGGGAUCUUCACACUCAUCCAGUCCUGGAAAAGUUUUCACCAAAGAAGGCUGCAGUGAACAAGAAGUGGCACUAGCACCCUCAUCCAUCCACAGGAGUCACUUUGGCCCUCACACCUGCCUGGGAAGCUCUUCAGGCCUCUCUACAAAGGGAAACCAAGGCAUGUGGGGAACAGCCAGCCUCCAACCCACUUGCUUCCAAGGACACAUCUCAGCCCAGCCCUGCCUACCCAGGCCAGGGCACAAGACAGCGCCCCACGCAGCCAUGGAAAGGGGAGGGUUCCAGGCAGGGCUAGGACAGUGCGGGCACCAUCCUCAUUCAGUGUUAGUUAAAGAGGCCUGGACAGGCUCCCACCCAGGGUACACAAAGUUGCCCAAGGGGGCCAGGGGUCCUUUUCAUUUGGUUCUGUGGAGUUAUAAUUAAAUAAUGAUGAAAGCUUUCGGAGUCCUGUCCUGUGCCUGCAGGCUCAGGGAGGAGUGGGUGGUGGCCUUAGGUAGGUGUCACCUCCAUGAUCCCAUCUCUGCCUCAGAUGUGGGAAGCCUCUGCUUGGGUAGGUAGCCUGUUUUAAUCACUUUCCUCAUAGCUGGGACAAAAUACUCAAUACUUACAACUUAAAUGAGAGGAGGCUUAGUUUAGUUCAGGUUUUCUAGAGGUUUGAGCCCAUGGUCCACUGGCCUCAGGUCAGGAAGGUACAGGGGAAGAGCCUGGCAGAAAAAAGCUGCUGAGAAGUUAGCUAAUGGCAAGUUAGCUAAGAACCCCAUAAUUCAAUCACCUCCCACAAGCCCAGGCAUCCUCAGCCAACAUGGGCAUCCACAUGGGUGCCCUGAGUGUCCCCAAGCCGUUUGCCUAUAUCCUACCUGCUUAGGCCAUGCCACGCACCCACCUUGGAGUCCUGUGGCCAGGGUGUACUGGUGUGGGCCAUUGCUGCAGGGAGUGUAGGCUACACCAGGCAGUGGUGAGGGGCUGCAGCCUAUGCUCCCCAAGGUGGGCACUCAAGCUCCAAGCCCACCACCUCACCAGGGUCUUGGCUGCCCACAAUGGUGUCAGGCAGACACCCCCCACUACAGCUGCCCACUCUGAGCUCCUCUGAGUAAAGUGGGAUCAGCACAUCUGGGACAGACAAGGAAAUCAAGGUCCUGUGGGCACCCAUCUUCAGCCUCAGAUGGUAUGGGCUUAAGAGGAAGACUCCAGAAAUCUAUACAGAAGUCCAGGACCAAGAACCUGGUAGACCAGCAAAUAGGAACCAGGGUCUGAAAACAAAGACUACCCUUGGCUGUCAGGAUAUCUCACCUCAGCAGCCCUGGGUGAGAUAGACAGUUGUAGAAAUGUACAAGACUGCUGGAGAGACACCAGACAACAGACAUGACUGACCCACAAAACAGAAGGGACUCACACAAAUGUCUCCAUGUUGAAGACAUUUCUUCCUGCUCACACCAUAAAUUUAACAUCAUCCCAAUAAACACAUUUCUGG